AGGAGGAACGCGACACGAUGUGAGGCAAGGGCGCGCUUGAAGCGAACGUGAAGGAGGUGUGGAGCGCACGUUGGGCUUUGCUCAGCGCCCGCCGCAGAACCGCGCAACGCCUUCCAGUGGAAAACGUGCAGGUGGCGCACGUGCGAGGCACGUGCUGACAUCAGGGGCGUAUCUUUCGGCAGACUGCGUACGUAGGGCCAGGCUCAAUUGUCACGAGUCAGUGGGGAUCCUGUGGGUCUCUCCGGCUUAGUUGUGCUCGGCGGCCAUGCCGGCCAAUUCCGAGAAGGAGCACUUGUCCAUCGUGAUCUGCGGCCAUGUCGACAGUGGCAAGAGCACAACAACGGGCCGACUGAUCUUCGAGCUGGGCGGACUGCCCGAGCGCGAGCUCGAGAAGCUGAAGGCGGAAGCCGAGCGCCUGGGCAAGGGCUCCUUCGCCUUCGCAUUCUACAUGGACCGCCAGAAGGAGGAGCGCGAGCGCGGCGUGACCAUCGCUUGCACCACCAAGGAGUUCUACACCGAGAAGUGGCACUACACCGUGAUCGAUGCCCCGGGCCAUCGCGAUUUCAUCAAGAACAUGAUCACCGGUGCUUCCCAGGCAGACGUUGCGCUCAUCAUGGUCCCGGCCGACGGUAAUUUCACGACUGCCAUCGCCAAGGGCAACCACAAGGCUGGCGAGAUCCAGGGGCAGACUCGCCAGCAUUCCCGUUUGAUCAACCUUUUGGGCGUAAAGCAGAUCUGCAUUGGCGUCAACAAGAUGGACUGCGACACCGCUGGAUACAAGCAGUCCCGCUAUGACGAGAUCGCAAACGAGAUGAAGAGCAUGCUGGUCAAGGUUGGCUGGAAGAAGGACUUCGUCGAGAAGGGGACGCCGGUAAUGCCCAUCUCUGGCUGGAUGGGCGACAACCUGCUGAAGAAGUCCGACAACAUGGGCUGGUGGAAGGGCUGCGAUGUCGAGUACGGCAAGGAGACCAUCCACGUGGACACCGUCUACGAUGUGCUUGACGUGAUGUGCCGCGUGCCAGAGAGGCCCACCAGCGCGCCCAUGCGCAUGCCGAUCUCCGGCAUUUACAAGAUCAAGGGUGUCGGCGAUGUGCUCGCCGGGCGCGUGGAGCAGGGCGUGGUGAAGCCGGGCGAGGAGGUCGUAUUCUUGCCCACGCACACUGCUUCGAAUCCGUGCACUGGCAAGGUGUUCACCGUGGAGAUGCACCACCAGCGCGUCGACUUCGCCAACCCAGGGGACAACGUUGGCCUCAACAUCAAGGGCCUCGACAAGAAUAAUAUGCCCCGAUCUGGCGACGUGAUGGUCUACAAGAAGGACACCACCCUGGGACAGACGAAGGAGUUCGACGCGCAGAUCCAGGUGCUCGAUAUCCCCAACGAGAUCAAGGUAGGGUACUCCCCGAUCGGCUUCGUGCGCUGCGGGCGCGCGGCGUGCCGCAUCAGCAAGCUUAAGUGGAAGAUGGGCAAGGAGACGGGUGGCAAGAAGAUGGAGGACCCCCACUCCCUCAAGUCCAACGAGAUGGCUCAGUGCAGCUUCCAGCCGCAGCAGCCGCUGGUGUGCGACACCUUUAAGAAUUGCGAGGGCUUGUCGCGCGUGGCGUUCAUGGACGGCAACGGCGUUGUGAUGCUUGGCAAGGUCAUCUCUUGCGAGCGCAAGGAGGAGGGUGGCGCUGGUGGCAAGAAAAAGUAGUCCAGGAGCGUGGUCCCGCAGCCGACGCGACGAACGUUUCCUCGUUUCCCCUCCCUUGCUCUGAGAGACUGUGUGCUUCCGUGGCCGCGUCAGGAGUUUUGGUAGGGCGCUCGCUCUGUAACGGGCUGCGCCGUCUGGUAGGUUCACGAUCGGCCGAAGAGAAAACAAACAUGAGGCUAGACCCAGGUACGAUGCACG